AUGGAUACUCCCCCAAAGCCUUUCCCACUCCCAUUUAGCUUCCCCGGCGACCCUAACCCUACUUUAACAGCAGUAGUAGACGUCCUGAGCUCGACCGUGGAAUCUUAUCGAGCGGCUUUCGAAGCCUGCGCCGAAGUCAACUCUCUCUGCAUCCAUGCAGAAGGACGGGAAGACCCUCACCCGGGGAUUGCAAAGUUUCAGCGCAUGUUCUUUGCGAUGCCGCCAGAGCCACAUGAGACUAGGAUCAAUGCAUCGCUGUUCAUACUUAAAUCUCUCGACGAUGACGACGAGUACGGGAUACGCCAAUGGAAGGAAGAGAUUGAUCCGGAAAUUGAGAGACUGAAGACGGCGACGGAGCAGAUGCAGGAUAUUUUGGAGGAGAGGGACGUCAGAGAGUUUUCAGCAAUGGAGAGAAAAGUGGUGGCUAUAGAGACAGAGAUGGAGGCUAUGGGGAGAGAGAAGGUGUCUGCAGAGCUCGUUGAUGUGGAGGAAGUGAGAAAAGACCCUUAG